AUGAAUACGCGUAACCUGGCGCUGGCAGAGGGCAAGACACGUCCACGAUUUGCACGGCUGCUGUUCGCAGAGACGCUUCAGAGCAACGCGCGCCUUCUGGCUGCGUAUCUAGGAUUUGACACAGUGACACAGCUGUAUAUCUUUGUCGACUUUGAAGUGCCAAUGGUGCUCACCCAGCUACUCGGGUUUUACGUCAAUCGUGGUCAGCCGCUGCCGCGUCAUCGACGGCCAACCGGACAUCAGAAUGCCAGCUGCAUCAUCUCCCAAGCGUACAGAGUGUGGGGACGCUUUGGAGAGCUGCAACAGAGGUGGCCACAUCGCAAGGACAGUCUGGAUGGGAGAAAACCAAGUCAGGUGAUGGUCCUGCCUGGCUUCCGCUUUGUUGAUGAGGAUGAUGUUUCUACCGCCGUCCCUGACUACUCAUUCUCGCUACUUGCAGCCUGCUACAAACUGAUGAAAUCGCAUCCACUUCGAUUCUGCCAUAGUGGCUCGUUGAAACCAGAGGAAUAUGUCUGGGGCAUUCACCACGAAGACUGGAUGCGGGCUCAUGCAGUUAUUGUCUUUACAAUCACGAGGCAGCUCACAAUAGAAGGCAUCGUCCAAAGCUGCCGAGAUACGUCCGCCGCCCUGAAGUUUGGAAGCCCAUACCACAUGAGCCUAGACUCGGAGAUAUAUGGCUAUGUCGCAUCUGAAGAGUUGGCAGCUGGUGGACAUCUUCUCCGAGAUCCCGCACACGACGCGAUUGAUACGCAGUUGAUGUCGCGGCGUGCAACAAACGAAGAGAUUGCCUACGUGCUACGGGAUAUUGUUACAUGGCGGUCCAAGAGCGACUUCGAACGGUUGAGCAUACUGCAGGACCCUUGGGGCGCAUUGGUCGAGGUUGUGACAGAUGCCGUCUGUGUAACCCUCGAUCUGAUCACCCCCAGUAUAGACUGGCAACUCGACAUGGACGGCCCACGAGUCUCGUCGAACUCAGCGCCAAUGAACAGCAAACAGCUAUUGCAUCUGAAGACGUGGCUCAAGGAGCAGAUGCAGCAGCAACACUGCGACAAAGGAGUAUCUGCCGAAUUUGGGGACAUAUUGCCUCUCAGCACUGCUGACCCCGGACUGGACAGGUCAAGGGAGAUGGACGCUUGGUUGGGAUACAGUCCUCGGUUCAACGAAGAAAGCUUGUUUGAUAUCUGCGAACGGAGAGGUUCUGGUGUGUACGAUAUAGCUACGGAGAAGGAAUUACAGGCACCGCACAUCUCAGACGCAAAUCAAGUGGCACAACUGCUGGGAGGGCCCCUGCGAUGCGCCAUGCUGUUCAGCCAGUGCGGUACCGGGAAAACACGUGUGAUGCUGUUGGCAAUCAAGUUUUUGAUCGAAGAAAACUACUCUCUCUCGGAUCUUGGACCUUUCAAGCCAAAUGUCAUCAUUAUGCCCUUGGCAAACUUUGGCACGGCCGCAAGGGAACUGGAAGUACGAUGGCAUGAUGUGUUUGAUAUCUGGGUGCUCUGUCGUCCUACGGACGGCAUUCAGUUCACUCACCACAAGACAAUUGACAGCGCCGAAGAGUUCCAGCAGCACAUUGACAAAUGGGCCGCGAGAAGGAGGGACAAGGAGGUUGCUCGCGUCCUUCUUUUGGCAUCCUAUGAGAGCUGGCUAGAAUUUCUUCCAGUCUCGAAAGGCAGUCAACAGUUGGCGAGUCAGGCAAGCGAGGCCAAUGUCUGCUGGGAUGCGCAAAAAGAACGAAAACGAAUUGCUAGUGUUGAGCCCCUGUGGAAUGUCGUUGCUCUGGACGAGUGUCAAAUUCUCCAAGGCGAUGACCAUUGGUAUCGGCAGAUGGUAGCACAUGUGGAUCGAGAGGCCCUUCUUUUGGUGUCCGGGCACCCGUUCCUCACUCUUCGAGACAUGUCUACCUAUCUUCAAAUACUGUGGAAUCCAGCCUGGCCGUUUGGAUACCGCCCUGGAUCAAAUUUGGAUUGUCGUGAACUUCUCCAUGACCCGACAACCUAUCAACGAUUGAUGCUUAGGGAAGCUAUUGAAGGGAUAUCUCUGGAUCGCCUGAUCAGCACAGGUUCUGAAAUCAAUAGCGAGGCGUAUGAGAACCUGACGGAGUGGCAAAAGGUACAAUGCGAGCAGUUCAAACUCUACGUUCUCAUCGGAUGCGGACCAGCGUAUCUACUUCAUCCAGAACUUUUCAGGGACCUCGAGGUUCCCUCACGACGAAGCGUUGCGCCUCUUGGACCUGUAACCAGACAGAUCUUGGACAUGAUAUCCGUCAGGCGAGGCAUGUACACGCCGAUGACACUUCCCGAUGGCAGAGUUACAUGCCUGGGGGAAGGCGUCGGUCGUCUGGCUGUCCGGACUAUUGAGCUCAUGCCGCCAGAAUCAGUGAAGCAGGGGCUCCGCGAAUCCAUGUCUCAGAGCGUUGGUUACAUGAGCAUGGCUCUUGUGAGAAGUGUGGUGAAUGCCUCACCGCAAAAAGCCCUUCUUCCCCGACUGUCUAUGAUAAGCACAGAUGUCAAGAAUACGACUCUGACAUGUCCGACAAAGCGCCUUAUCCAGAACUUGCACAUUCUGCAGGAGGGCGUGUUAAGGCACCCAAUAUCCAUUGAGACGACGGGUGGGCUGGAGUGGCUGUUUUAUAACACGAGGGAAUCUCGGAGUCUGGAGUUCCCUUUGGACAGGCUGAGUCAAGUCAAGUAUGUUGCUUCGGGCAGCCUAAAGUAUUGCCAUGUACUGCUGAGGGCACUCCAAUGCCAGGAAGAGGAAGAAAUGCUCCUGCUAUUCACAAGUUCCCCGUUGACUGGUCGAAUCCUUACCGCAGCCCUUGUAGCUUGUGGAAUCAGGACUCUUCAUCUUACAUCAAGACACACUCAAGCCGAGAUUGACCGAGCCGUCAGAGUCUUCAACCACAAGUUCUCACCGUAUACAUGCCUCGUGACGACAUUCCAGGUGCUGGGCCUUGGCGUGAGCCUGCAUGAGUUCUGCCGUCGAGGCAUCAUUAUGGAGCUGCCUCCGAAUUAUGGCAUGCUCUUGAGCGCAAUGGGCCGGCUUUGGCGAGUCGGACAAGAGAGAGACGUCGAGUGGGAAAUCCUCGUCGCCAGUUACAGCUUCGACCCCUGGCUGGAGGCGGGAAUUACGGAACAAUAUGCCGAGCUAUUGGGCGACCUAGGGGGCAUCGACGAGGCCAUUGAAGGCCGCAGCCGGAGACUCGCCGCUUUCGAAAUCAUCAGAGAGCAACUCGGCCAGGAGUAUUCACGAUACCACCGAGCUGCCGGGCGUUGGAAGUGGUCGGCAGACGCGCCGAUCUGGCGACACAAUGGGCUAUUUGAGUCGGCGCUGGGUAGGUUUUGUCUCAAGCAUCCAGAAAAGGCUCACUUGAUGCAGCCAAGCACGCUUGACGCUCUUCUUCGGGUUUGGAAGAUUGGGAUGGAAGUCACCUUGGAGAUGGUGGAGGAAAUAGAAAGAUCGUGA